AUGGAACAGUGGGACGCCCUGCAUGCCAUGCUCCUCUACGAGAUCCUCGAGAUGGGCGUGGCGCCCGUCGACGAGUCCGAGAGUUGGAAACGGAAGCGUCGCACCAAGGGGCUCAAGUCGCCCUUCCUCUCCAAAAUGACCCAGUGUUUCUCGCGGUCCUACCUCGAGUCGCACGAUGCCGCCCUCCUGCCCGCCCCCGACGCCCACGGCUCCUGGGUCAAAUGGGCCGUCACCGAGACCGCGCGCCGCACCAUCUUCCUCGCCAACAUCGUCAACUUCUUCAGCAACCGCGAUUUCGAGUCCGGCCGCCAGUCGCCCUACUACGAGCCCCUCAACGACGAGCUCAUCAUGAAGAUGCCGCUGCCCUGCAACCAGGCGCUGUGGAGCGCCCGCACCGAAGACGAGUGGCGCAAGGCCUCGCAGAUGGCCACGCCCACGUCUCCCGCGGGCUCCCCGGGCACCACCGACCCUUUUUCUACCUUUGCUGCUGCUGCUGGUGCUGGUGCUGGUGGUCCGCACAUCCCCGUCGGCGAGCAGCUCCCGAAUACCCAUCAGCAGCCCUCGCUCAAGGUGCUUUUCUCCAAGUUCGCCAAGGACUAUCUCCGGGCGAACUUCGCGACGAAUGCGGGGUUUGCCGACUCCAAUGAACUUCGCUCGUUCAUCAUUCUCUGUGCGCUGGAGCAGUUUUCGUGA